CAGUUUUUAUGUUGUAAACCUAGCCUGAGAUCCACCUAUGUGUAAUCCACUUCCUGCUUUUCAGUAAAAAGCAAGUGAACACAACUGCUUCCCUACGCUGGUAUAACUGCAUGCUUCUGACUUGCUAAGCCCUUCCUCAGGAUGUCUUCCACCUACUUAAGUAACCCAAAUUCUUGUCUGUUGUGUCCAUGCUAAUGCCAAAGUCUUCUAGUUGUUCCGGUUGUUAUAAGUUUCUUCACAUCAAGACUAACUUUAGUCCAAAGCUAUGAAGAGGUGUUGACUCACACAUUAUAGGAAUGCCUCUCUCUUCAUGGCUCCUGAAUGUUGAACCAAAUUUUGUCUGAAUGACAGUUAUAUUUCCUUUAAAUUUUAUGGAUCUGAAAAGAAAGUAAAGAACGAUAUAGAAUGGUUAGAUUGAAAGGCAUGGGCAAAGCAGCAUGGUACAAAGAGUCUGUAGCUCCAGCUACUUGGGAGCCUCAGAAUUUUGAAGGCCAUCAUGGCAGUCAAGUGGACUGGUGGACAUUCUUCUUCAAUCCUUUGCCUGAAUGCAAGUAAAGAUGGGCUGGUGGCUUCAGGAGGAGAGGGUGGAGACCUUGUGGCUUGGGGUGAAGAUGGGACCCCGUUAGGACACAUGCAGUUGGAAGGAGCUGAUGAUGUGACCAGCGUCUUGUUUUCCACCUCCUGCCCCACCAAGCUGUAUGCCUCCCAUGGAGAAACCAUCAGUGUUCUAGAUGUCAGGUCUCUUAAAGAGUCCCUGGACCACUUUCAUGUGAAUGAGGAAGAAAUCAAUUGUCUUUCAUUAAAUGAAACUGAAAGUCUGCUGGCUUCUGCUGAUGACUCUGGGGCAAUCAAAAUCCUGGACUUGGAAAAGAAGAAAGUUACCAGAUCCCUGAAAAGACAUUCUAACAUCUGUUCCUCUGUGGCUUUUCGACCUCAGAGACCUCAGAGCCUGGUGUCAUGUGGCCUGGAUAUGCAGGUAAUGCUGUGGAGUCUUCAAAAAGCCCGUCCUGUCUGGAUUACAAAUUUACAGGAGGAUGAAACAGAGGAAACGGAGGGCCCCCAGACCCCUGGUCGGCUCCUAAACCCUGCACUUGCCCACUCUGUCUCUGUAGCUUCGUGCGGCAAUAUUUUUAGCUGUGGCGCAGAGGAUGGUAAGGUGCGCAUCUUCAGGGUGAUGGGAGUCAAAUGUGAGCGAGAACUGGGGUUUAAGGGUCACAGUUUGGGGGUAUCCCAGGUGUGCUUUCUGCCCGAGUCCCAGCUGCUGCUUACUGGAGGGAACGAUGGGAAGAUAAGGUUGUGGGACGUGAGCGGUAAGAUGGAGAAGCCGCAGAAGAGCCCUGCGAAGCACGCCCACAGGAAGAAGGCCAAGAGGGCAGCGUGCCCGGUGCAGGGCGGCAACUCUAAAGCCCCGGGAGCAGAGGACGAGGGACACGCAAAGAUUCUGCCAAAGCUCGAUAUUGAACACGGAGAAAAAGUGAACUGGCUUUUGAGUACAAAAAUUAAAGGGAACAAAAGCAUAUUAGUGGCUGAUCAGACGAGUUGUGUGUCUGUGUACCCCCUAAAUGAACUUUAGGUCCAAUAAAUGCAUUGCAAAAACCUA